AUGAAUGCAACAGCACACUUCACCGUCUCUCCAAUCCUUUCAUCGCCGGCUACUCGCCGGGGAAUCUCAAUCAAGGCGUCUGUCUCAACAUUUGCGACUGAGUCAGUCGGAGUUGACUCAGGGAGGAAAUCUCCGAGUCUGUACGAGAUUCUCCGAGUUAAAAGAACGGCUUCGUUACCGGAGAUUAAGGGUGCAUUUAGGAGUCUUGCUAAGGUUUAUCAUCCUGACGUGAGUGGCAGUGAUGAUGGAGAACAAUCGGACGGUUUAGAUUUUAUUAAGAUUUGUAAUGCUUAUGAAACGCUGUCGGAUCCUGCUGCUCGUGCUAUGUAUGAUUUGUCGUUGGGUAAUAGUAGUAGGUGGAGGAGACCGGUUGGGUUUUCCGGUCGGUUCUCCCGGAGUCGGCGGUGGGAAACUGACCAGGAUAGCCUUCUAAAUGCAUUCAAGCCUCAAGACCCUAAUCCUCUAUCCACCUCCAUAGCCCACAGGGACACAGCCGAAAAAGCAACCCUAAAAUGGGACCUCAACCCAUGGUGA